GGACUCUUUGGAGCCUCCUCCCCAGCUGAGCCGGGGUCCUAGCCUGGGAACCCGGGGCUCGCCAGGGGCCCCGUGGUCGUCGUGAUGCAGAAGUAUGAGAAACUGGAGAAGAUAGGCGAAGGCACCUAUGGAACCGUGUUCAAGGCCAAGAACCGAGAGACCCACGAGAUCGUGGCACUUAAACGGGUUCGCUUGGACGAUGACGACGAGGGGGUACCGAGCUCAGCCCUGAGAGAGAUCUGCCUGCUUAAGGAACUGAAGCAUAAGAACAUUGUCAGGCUUCAUGAUGUUUUGCACAGUGACAAGAAACUGACCCUGGUUUUUGAGUUCUGUGACCAAGAUUUGAAGAAAUAUUUUGACAGUUGCAAUGGAGACCUGGACCCCGAGAUUGUGAAGUCAUUCCUUUUUCAACUGCUUAAAGGCCUUGGAUUCUGCCACAGCCGUAAUGUUCUGCACCGGGACCUGAAGCCCCAGAACCUUUUAAUUAAUCGGAAUGGGGAGCUCAAGCUGGCUGAUUUUGGCUUGGCACGAGCCUUUGGGAUCCCUGUUCGAUGUUACUCUGCAGAGGUGGUCACUUUGUGGUACCGUCCACCAGAUGUCCUGUUCGGGACCAAACUAUACUCCACAUCCAUUGACAUGUGGUCAGCUGGAUGCAUCUUUGCAGAACUGGCCAAUGCUGGGCGGCCUCUCUUCCCUGGGAAUGAUGUAGAUGAUCAACUGAAAAGAAUCUUCCGGCUGCUGGGGACCCCAACUGAAGAGCAGUGGCCUGCCAUGACCAAGCUUCCAGACUACAAGCCUUACCCCAUGUAUAGCAACUACAUCACUUGUCAAGUUGUCCCCAAGCUCAACGCCACAGGGAGGGACCUACUGCAGAACCUGCUCAAGUGUAACCCAGUUCAGCGCAUCUCAGCGGAAGAAGCUUUGCGGCAUCCCUACUUUUCUGACUUCUGCCCUCCCUAGCCAGGGGUCUCCUUUGCCCUUUCCAUUUCCAGAGAAUCGAGUCCACUACCCUCGACCCCUCUAGGUCCUCAGAUUGGGAGCUGCUCGAUGCGCUCUCACCUUGCUGGCCCACUCUCUUCCCUACCUACCCAGGGACCCUGGGGCAGGAGAAAUAGACCCUGGCAGCUAAGGGAUUGGAGCCUCCUUUGCCCGUUUCUCUUCCCUGGCCCUUCUCUAGACUCCCCCGUCCCAUUGGAAAAGGGGUAGGGGUGGGGAUGGUGCUAUGCACUUAAGCUCUGCUACUUGGGCCAGAUGUUUGGGGUCAGCCUUGGUGGGGUUAGGGGUGUGAAGGAUGGAUGCCAGCCGGAGCCCCUAUCCCCCCAGUUCCUGCGCUCCCCCCUUAUGUAUGGACUUUAUUUAAUUUCAUAAAUUGGCUUCUUUCCCACAAAUCUAGGCUUAUGUCAUGAGAGAAGGUGUGUGUGUCUUUCUGUUCUGAGACAUGGUAGCAGAGGCCUGAAGACUGUGACCUGCCUCCACUUACUAACAUGUCUAGCCAUCAUCUCCCCCCACUCAC